UGUCCACGACGCUGCGCUUUUUGCCUCCGCGGCGGCACACGGCAGAGAGGAGCCGCUAGAGGACACGCGUUACAAUACAGGACUUCAUUGGGCGCGUGUGCGAGAGGACUGCCGAGGAACAAACAAAUAAAACAACAAAAAGUGGUUUUGGCGCGGUUUAAUCCGGAUUGACGGAUUUCUACGGUGCAGGUGCAGCGGGGAAGACACUCGGCAGGCGGAUGGUUGUCGAAUUGGAAGAGAGGAGUCCCCUCUGCAAGUCUCCGAUGAAGAUGAAGUCUGCGGGCAUGGUGGAUGGAGGCUUGUUCACAGAGAGUUACUGCAACAUUUGCAAUGCCCAGCUCAUUUCCGAGUCCCAGCGCACGGCACAUUAUGAGAGCAAGAAACACGCCAAUAAGGUGCGUCUGUUUUAUAUGCUUCACCCGGAAGAUGGAGGGCCACCUUCUAAGAGACUGAGGCCAGACAAUCCGGACUGCGACGAGACAGAGGUGGACAAGAACAAGUGCUGCACCUUGUGCAACAUGUUCUUCACCUCCGCCAUCGUGGCUCAGUCCCACUACCAGGGCAAAACCCACGCCAAGAGAGUCCGUCUGGUGCUGGGUGAGACACCGAGCAUCCCCGCAGCCUUGCCCAUGCAGCCUACGAAUGCAGAUUCCUCCCCUUCAACACCGCUGCCCUCAGACCCCACGGCGUGCCCCCCUCCUCCACCCACGUCGGUGGUCAGCGGCAACGGUGGCAGAGAAGCCGGCAAGUACUGCUGCCUGUGCGGCGCCUGGUUCAACAACCCGCUGAUGGCUCAGCAGCACUACAAGGGCAAGAAGCACCGCAGGAACGCUGGCCGAGCACGCCUGGUGGAGCAGCUCGCGGGAAGCCUGGAUGCCACGGAGAGCACAGGGCUGCGUAGAAGUUAUUCCUGCAGCGUCUGCAGCGUGGUCCUCAACUCCAUCGAGCAGUACCAUGCACACCUCCAGGGCUCCAAACAUCAGAACAACCUGAAGCAGCAACAGCAGUGAGCCACGAGAACACCCGGGCCUCUCAAGAAAGACAUGGAGUUAACAGACUUCAGAAAUCCUGCCAUAUGUCAUAAACUGAACAAUCCGUGCGUGCGUGUGAGACCGUCCGAGACAUCCAGCCACACGUCGGAAACAUGCGCGUGGGUUAUUUCAACGGUAUUUAUUAAUUUCUCUGACCUAAAAUGAUAUCUCUUGAGAUUUGUUCUGAUUUAUUCUGCACCGAAGUGUUACACAUGAGUUGUACACUAACAGCCACCAAAGGCAAUGCGGCUGUGGACUGCCAUAUAUGAUGAUAAUGAUAAUAAUAAUAAUAAUAAUAAUAAAAUACCUGAAUUAUAAUGAUGUCAAUGCCCAGAAUGUUACUUGCAGGUAAGCAUAAAUUAUUUAUACGCUGGCCAAAUGUUCAGUUAAAGUGAAAAGUGGUUAUUUUUGAUAAA